CACAAAAAUUAAAUAAUAGCACUCAAAAUCUUGUGCUUUUUCUUAUUAGCUCUGUAGAUGCCCUUCGAAAUUAUUGAAUGGACUUUUUAAUUCUUCUCUCACUUACCCUCGCUAUCCUACUUGGCGCCUCCUUAUUCGUCCACGUCAUAAGCCUACCCACGUGGCCCACUAAGAAGCCUACGUGGCAGACCGGUAGGGACCCUCCUUCGCCGCCAUGCAUUCCCGUAGUCGGCCAUCUACACCUCCUAACGGACAUGCCCCACCACUCCUUCGCACGACUUGCCGACCGACUCGGCCCCGUCUUCCUACUUCGACUCGGCCGAGUUCCGACCCUCGUCAUCUCCUCCGCCCGACUCGCCGGACUCGUCCUCAAAACCCACGACCACGUCUUCGCCAGCCGACCCCAGCUCGUGGCCGCUCAGUACCUCUCUUUCGGCUGCUCAGACGUCACCUUCUCCCGGUACGGGCCUUACUGGCGCCAAGCCCGAAAGAUAUGCGUCACCGAGUUGCUCAGCCCCAAGCGAGUCAACUCUUUUGGGAUCGUCCGGCUCGAGGAGAUGAACCGUAUGUUGAGUCACAUCUCGAGUCGGUGUUUGUCGUCUGAGGUGGUGGACUUGAGCAAGGUGUUGUUUACCUUAGCGAAUGAUAUUCUGUGCCGAGUGGCGUUUGGGAGGAGGUUUCUGGGGGAAGAAGUGGGGUCCGGCGAGGGGCAGAAGAGUCAUUUGGUGAGGGUUUUGGUGGAGACGCAGGAGUUGCUAGGUGGUUUUUGCGUAGGGGACUUUUUCCCGGACUGGAAGUGGAUCAACUCGGUGAGUGGGUUCAAAAGGAGGUUGGAGAAGAACUUGGAAGAUCUGAGAGCGGUUUGCGAUGAAAUAAUAGAAGAACAUUCCUCAGUAGUGAAAACGGCGUCGUUGGAUAGCAGAGAAGAUUUCGUGGACGUGCUUCUUCGGGUGCAGCGGCGAGAUGACUUGGAAGUUCCCAUUACAGAUGACAAUCUUAAAGCUCUUGUUCUGGACAUGUUUGUAGCUGGAACAGAUACAACAUCAGCCACUUUAGAAUGGACAAUGACUGAGCUAGUUAGGCACCCAAAAGUGAUGAAGAAAGCACAAGAAGAAGUUCGAAAAAUCGCUUCAACUGCCGGCAAAGUUGACGAGAGCCAACUUCAGCAUCUUCAUUACAUGAGAGCUGUUGUGAAGGAGGCAAUGCGAUUGCACCCCCCAGUGCCUCUCCUUGUUCCUCGGGAGUCCAUGGCGGACUGCACUCUAGAUGGCUAUGACAUACCUGCAAAAACUCGGGUUCUGAUAAACUCCUACGCCAUAGGAAGGGACCCUAAAUCAUGGGAAAAUCCCCUGGAGUUUAAUCCUGAGAGAUUUGAGGGUUGUAACAUGGAUGUUAAAGAUACAGAUUUCAAGUUUCUACCAUUUGGUGGAGGAAGAAGAGGCUGCCCUGGAUUUACCUUUGGCUUGGCAACAGUUGAGCUUGGACUAGCUCUGCUCUUGUGCCAUUUUGAUUGGAGAUUGCCUGAGGGAGUUAGCACUGAUGAUGUAGACCUUGAUGAGAUUUUCGGGCUCGCCACAAGAAAGAAGACUCCUCUUAUUCUCGUCCCAACUUUGAAUAAGGAUUUCGCAUUAUAGUGAUGCAUUUGUAUUAAAAUUAGUGAUAAGUACUGAUGCACGGUACUUUACUUUCUGCCUAAUUGAGACCCUGCUUCUAUAAUGUCGUUUGUUACUAAGAGCUGCCAUCUGUUUCUUUAUUUGCUGCUGUUGUUGUUUGAGGAUUUCGUGUUCUAAAUAGUUUGUAAUAAGGUCAUGCUAAAACGUUACGUUUGGACCUUUUUAUGUAAUCGUUUCUAUGAUACUUAAGUUUGAAUAAGAAUUCUCGAAGUUCGGUUUAA